AAUUGCGAGCAAGUUUUUGGGUCUUAUGCAGACUUGAGGACGCACUGAGAGCAUACAAAGGCUACUAGUACAUUAUCUGCCGCUUUGAGAAGCCACGCCAGAAGACAUAACUACGGCUGUGGAGAGUGAUGGGGAAGAUGACGGACACACCUCCCAGUGAUGGUUCUACCCCAGGAGCAGAGUUUGACAUGAUGACUGCCCUUGACUGGAAGGACGGCAUAGCUACAUUGCCUGGCAGUGACAUCAGGUUCCGGAUGACAGAAUUUGGCACGCUGGAGAUUGUAACAGAGCCUGAGCCUAAAGACAAAGAAGAGGAACCUGUAUGCCCACAGACUGAGACUACGCCAUCCAACAGCACUCCUCCGUCUGAACCACUCAACCCUACAAAUCAGACACAGCAGCCCCAGACAGCCACAGAUCUGCCUGCAGAAACUGUGGCUCCCUCUGGCACAGCAGACAGUUCCAUUGCGGUGAGCACCGGCUCUGAGGAGGGCCCCAGUACAGAGGUGGCCAGAUGUAAGUCUUGUGGACACUCUGGUUCUCAGUCAUCUUUUCUCCAGGGGAAAUUCUGCAGUCCUGCCUGUGUGCAGCCCAGCAGUGGCAGGUCAACUCCAGGUGAUGUGGGAGAAGGUGAGCGUUUAGGUAAACGAGUCCGAAAGAAGAAGAAGAUGUUCAUGGAGUCUGAGGAUGAGGAGGAGGAAAAUAUAGAAGAAGAGGAGGAGAAGGUUAAAACCUCAAAAGGCAGAAAAGCAGCUAAACUUGCCAGACUAGUAACAGCAGCUCCAGUGAAAAAGAAGGCUUGGAGCUGGCCAGCCUAUUUAGAGGAGGAGAAAGCAGUGGCUGCACCCUUGAAACUGUUUAAAGAGCACCAGUCUUUUCCUCAGAGCAGGAAUGGGUUUAAAGUUGGAAUGAAGCUGGAGGGCCUGGACCCUUGUCAUCCUGCUUUCUUCUGUGUGCUCACUGUGGCAGAGGUUCAAGGUUAUAGAAUAAGACUUCAUUUCGAUGGUUUCCCUGAGUGCUAUGACUUUUGGGUGAAUGCAGACUCAUGGGAUGUGAAGCCACCAGGCUGGUGUGAAAAGAUGGGCCUCAAGCUGCUAUUGCCCAAAGGUUGCAGAGAUGGAGAAUUUAACUGGAAUACGUAUGUUAAGAAUUGUAGAGGCCAGUUGGCACCCAAACACCUCUUUAAAAGUCUUAAUACGUCAGUCACCCCCUCAGGCUUCCGUGCUGGAAUGAAGCUAGAAGCUGUCGACAGGAAAAACCCAUCACUCAUUUGUGUAGCAACCAUUGCUGCUGUCGUGGACAAUCGCCUCCUCAUCCACUUUGACAACUGGGAUGAUACAUAUGAUUACUGGUGUGAUGCUAGCAGUCCAUAUAUUCAUCCGGUUGGGUACUGUGAGGAGGCAGAGUUAACAUUGACCACACCUGCUGAGUAUAAGCACCCGAAAAGUUUCUCAUGGGAGAAAUACCUGGAGGAGACUGGGUCCCAGGCAGCACCUGCUAGAGCCUUUAAACAGAGACCACCACAUGGGUUCCAAGGGGGGAUGAAGUUGGAGGCAGUGGACAAACGCAACCCCAUGCUCAUUCGUGUAUCCACCAUAUCUGACACAGAGGAUCACAGAGUCAAGGUCCAUUUUGAUGGCUGGAGUGAUGAGUAUGAUUACUGGCUGGAUGCAGAUAGCGCUGACCUGCAUCCUGUGGGCUGGUGCCAGAAGACUGGCCAUCCUCUACAGCACUCCAAUGGUACCAGUGAACCCCCAGCCCCCCCAGGACAAGGCUGCCCUACUCCAGGAUGCAACGGUGUAGGACACAUCAAAGGACCUCGAUAUGGAACACAUUACACGGCGGUGAGCUGUCCGUACUCUGAACUCAAUCUGAAUAAGGAAGGUCUUCUACCAGACAGGCUAAGUGGGGAGAGACCGAUCACUCUUAGUGGACCUCCAAGACACCGGCGCACAGAAUCGCUCACUCAAAUGCCAGCUCACACACCCACUGGCAACAUCCAGGAGCCCUCUGACAACACAGAUAACUCCCCACCAGCCAGGACUACCACUGCCACCAAAUGUGUGAAGCCCCAUCAGGUGAAGCAUGAAGGAAAUGGAAAAGACUCUCUGCAGCAGUUCUUGCAUGACUCUGUGUUCUGUGGCUGGGAACCACCCAAGUUUCGGCACUGUUGGGAGAAGCACGGCAAACUGCUGCCUGAAGCCUUAGGCCUUAGUGCCAAGACAGUGGCCAAAUGGAGCACAGAAGAGGUUGCAAGUUUUGUACGGAAGUUACCAGGCUGCCGGGAACAUGCUGCUAUUUUCAGGAGUGAGGUAAAAAAAAAACAAAUUGAUGGUGAGGCCUUCCUCCUUCUCACUCAGUCGGACAUCGUAAAGAUUUUAAGCAUCAAGCUUGGCCCUGCACUUAAAAUCUACAACUGCAUCCUUAUGCUGAAAAGUGUGGAUGAAGAGUAGCCCCACCCCCACAGUAACCAGGCUCAGCACAGCCAUGCACAACUACACCCCAGUCAGACUGGUGUUAAAACAUUUUCCCUGCAUCUUGCUCCAACUAUGUCCAGUCCAUACAUUAAUGAUACUGGCAAGUUGUGGCCAAUCAUUGAGGCUGCCCUCUGUUUGAAAGGUAAUCCAGCAAAUUAAAGACUGUUUACGGUAGUUUCUCUUGAAAUACUGGUUUACACUGAUUGUUCUAUGGGAAAAUUGAGCAAUCAGAUUAUUUACAGUGAGAGAACCAUGCUGCUGCACAGACAAAACCCAUCGUAUCCUUAUCCGCAUAUUUGUCUCCUAAUUUACUUCAUCUCCCCUGCUUUAACUUAAUUUAUUUCCUCUUAUAUUUGAUCGAUUGAUUCUUAUGAACUUUUUGGACUGGAGAGUGCAUGGUCCUAAGGCACCGUAAUGUUGGUUGAUUAUCAAUAUUAUUUAUGGUUUUAUGGUUAUUAAAUGUGUGCUUAAGUGGUGUUGGACGUGUGAACAAAUUCCACAUUGAUGGACCUUUUACUUGAAGUGUACAAAGUAAUUUUUAAAAUGAUGCAAAAAUCCGAUCUUUGUAAAUGAGCACGCAUCGCACCUGAAAUGGUCAGAAUGAGUGUACAGAAGACCAUUAGGGUGAGGUGUCUGAGUCUGUGUAUUUGUGUGUGCACGUGUGUCUAUACAAGCGUGAGUAAUGUAAAAGUAUGGGAGAAGGAGCGGGAGAGAGCGUGAGGUUUUUUUUUGUCUUAUAUGUCAGGGAAUCUCUUAGUUUGGGGAAAAUCUUACAGUGAAUGUCUCUUGUUGUAUAUUAGUAUGAGAAUUGUGCUUUUGUGAAAUGCGUUUAAAAACUGUAAAUUGAUGUACAGUGAAUUCCUCCACAUGCUAGGAAUGACUUACAGAUGUGUGUGUAUUUUGAUCCUUGGAGGACCUGAUUGAAUGUGUGUGUACAGGACAAAAGUUGCUGAAAGAUUAAAUUGAAAAUGAACAGACAUGAAAGACAAAAUGUAAACUAUAGUGCUCAAAAGUCUGAACUAAUGGAAUAAAAUUAAGCUCUGAAAUACA